UUUCUAGUUAAAUCUUGUCUAUGGAACGAUCUGAACAUUUUAUUGUUCGAUUUACUGGAAAGAACUAUUCUGCCUGGGCUUUCCAGUUUCAGAUUUUUGUCAAGGGAAAGGAAUUAUGGGGUCAUAUUGCUGGGACAGUUCCUGCACCUGACAGUGAGCAGGAAAAGGAGAAAUAUGUGAAAUGGGAGGUGAAGGAUGCUCAGAUUAUGUCUUGGAUCCUUGGAAGUAUGGAACACUCCAUGCUUCUCAAUCUCAAGCCUUACAAAUCAUCUAGAGAAAUGUGGGAUUAUCUGAAGAAAGUUUACAACCAAAGCAAUGCAGCACGAAGGUUCCAAUUGGAACUCGAAUUAGGUCAACUCAGUCAAGACAGUAUGUCAAGAGGGGAAUUUGAAGCAAUCAGGUCCAACCUGAUGAAUAGAGAACCAGUUCCUUUCUUGGAUAUUUGUGUAGGAGAGCUUCUCAGGGAAGAACAACGGAUCAUUACACAAGCUGUCUUGGAGCAGAAAGCUCAAAAUUCUACUCCAAUCCCUGUUGCAUACACUGCUCAAGGGAGGUUUAAAGGAGGUAGAAAUAUGUCAAAUGUUCAGUGUUAUAGCUGCAAAGGAUUUGGGCACAUUGCCACUACUUGUACCAAAAAAUUCUGCAACUAUUGUAAGAAAACAGGGCAUAUCAUCAAAGAUUGCUCCAUCCGGCCUCCAAAGAAAUCUGAAACCGCCUAUAAUGUCUCGGUUGGUUCCUCCAAUACUCCUAGUCCUGGUCAGUCCUCUAUUACCCCUGAAAUGGUCCAACAAAUGAUAGUUUCUGCCCUUUCUGCUUUAGGCCUUUCAGGUAACCGAAAUUCCAUUCCUAAGCCUUGGUAUUUUGAUUCUGCUGCUUCUAAUCACAUGACCAACACUGUCUUACCUUUAAAUAAUGUUAAAAAAUAUAAAGGUAAUCUUCAUAUUCGUACUGCCGAUGGUAAUCCUUUGUCUAUCACAGCUGUUGGUGAUAUUCAGCCCUUCUGA